GAGGAGGAGGAGGAGGAAUGGGAGCGGGCGCCGGAGUCGCAGAAGUGGGAGCUGGAGCCGGAGUCUCGCACCCCUUCUGCUGGCUGCAAGUGUUGCGCGCGGGCACGCUCCCCCUCGGGCGGCGCGCGCGGCGUGGGCGAGGGACCACAGUAUUGA